ACUACUGCUCUGCAACAUUUCCUAUGCAUUCCGCUGUUUUCUGCUUCCCAACUCACUGUAUUUCACUGUUUGUUUUUUGUUUCUUGUAUAUGUAGCUUGUACUACUGCUGCAAAACCCUACAAAUACCGCCACUCGUUUUAUUGCAGUUCGGAACCAGAAAGCAUGCAAAUGAAGGAAUCAGGCAUGAUAGAGGAACAGCUUGGGAUGGACGGUGAAGCCCAGGAGAAGCCGGAGACCACGUAUGAGGCGGUGAGGAGGCUGGGCUCCGGCAAUGCGGUGGUGGUGUUCAGCAUCAGCGGCUGCUGCAUGUGCCACGUGAUGAAACAGCUGCUUUUCGGCCUUGGAGUAGGACCCACUAUCGUGGAGCUCGACAAGGAGAAGUAUGGCUCCGAAAUGCAAUCCGUCCUGUACCAGCUCGCCGGCGGCCAGCAUUCUGUCCCGGCUGUCUUUGUGGGUGGCAUUCUUGGCGGUAUCGAAACUCUCAUGGCUUGUCACAUUAACGGCACCUUGGUCCCUCUCCUGAAAGCUGCCGGAGCUCUCUGGCUAUAACUUCAUCAUCACCGGAAUAUCCAACUCCUAUUACUAGAAUUUCCCUAUUAUGGUGGCACUUUUACCCGUCUUUUUAUGAUCAUAAUCAGACAUACAUAAUUGUACAGUGAACUGAGCUUGUUUGUUUUUGGAAGGCUCAUAUCAAGAAGAUGAAUGUUAUUUGGGAUAUUAGAUGUCAAUUAAUAUGAAAUCAACUAUCUA